AUGCAGAGAAAUCGUCGAGCCUCGCACACUUCUGCUCGUGAAGAGAUCCCCGUCCCCUCGAGGUCAAAUCUACACGCUACAACCUCGCAUGGUUCGGUCCACUCAUCUCAAUCCCAGCGGAAUCCUUGGCAGCACGCCCGACGGGGAAGUGGCCAAUCGCACUCCCAGCACUCCCAGCAUCAGCAUGGCGGUGUCUCGCAAGGACAACAUGGUGCUGAGGGCGUGUCGAGGGUGCAGACUGGCGCGUCGUCUGUGCGGACGAGCAAGUGGUGGCGUGUAAGGCUCUUCCGCGGCAUGAUCAAGGAUAUUAAGCGGAGGGCGCCGUUCUACUGGAGUGAUUGGACGGAUGCGUGGGAUUACCGCGUUAUUCCUGCUACUGUUUAUAUGUAUUUUGCCAAUAUUCUGCCUGCUCUGGCGUUCUCGCUGGAUAUGUUCGAGAAGACGAAGCAAAGUUAUGGCGUUAAUGAGGUUCUUCUUGCCUCUGUUCUGGGGGCCGUUGUUUUCGCGGUCUUUGCUGCGCAGCCUUUGGUUAUUGUUGGUGUUACUGGUCCGAUUACGGUGUUUAAUUACACUGUUUACGAUAUUGUGUCACCGCGUGGGACUCCCUACCUCGCUUUUAUGUGUUGGAUUGGGAUCUGGUCGUUGAUUAUGCAUUGGAUCUUAGCCAUCACCAACGCUUGCAACGGUCUCACUUAUGUCACCCGCUUUUCGUGUGACAUCUUUGGGUUCUACGUGGCCUUUAUCUACCUGCAGAAAGGGAUCCAGGUCCUGACCAGACAAUGGGGCCAGGUUGGGGAGACCUCCGCCUACCUGAGUAUUAUGGUUGCCCUCCUUGUGCUCAUGUGUGGAUGGAUUUGCGGAGAGCUCGGCAACAGCACUCUCUUCCAGAGAUAUGUCCGAAAAUUUUUGGAAGAUUACGGUACGCCGUUGACUAUCAUUUUCUUCACUGGAUUCGUCCACAUUGGCCAUAUGCGGGAUGUCGAAGUUGCGACCUUGCCCACCAGCAAAGCCUUCUUUCCCACCGCUAAUCGUGACUGGCUCGUGGAUUUCUGGAAUAUCAGUGUUGGGGACAUCUUUCUUGCCAUUCCAUUUGCACUUCUUCUGACAAUUCUGUUCUACUUCGACCACAAUGUGUCAUCACUGAUUGCGCAGGGAACAGAGUUCCCUCUACGCAAACCCGCCGGCUUCCACUGGGAUAUCUGGUUGCUAGGUCUCACCACCUUUAUAGCUGGAAUUCUGGGUCUCCCGUUCCCCAAUGGACUGAUCCCUCAGGCACCUUUUCAUACAGCUGCACUUUGCGUUACACGCGACGUGGCCGAUGAAGAUGAUACCAACAAAGGCAAAACGAUCCGCGUCACCGACCACGUUGUCGAGCAACGAGUCAGUAAUCUCGCUCAGGGUCUCUUGACCCUCGGUACCAUGACUGGCCCACUCCUCAUCGUCCUGCAUUUGAUCCCUCAAGGCGUCAUGGCGGGUCUUUUCUUCGUCAUGGGAGUACAAGCCCUCCAGGGCAACGGUAUCACGCAGAAACUCGUCUUCCUGGCUCAGGACAAGGACUUUACUCCUCCAUCAAAUCCUUUGAAACGAAUCGAGCGCAGACUCGCCAUUUGGGUGUUUGUUAUUAUUGAACUGAUCGGCUUUGGCGCCACAUUCGCCAUCACCCAGACGAUCGCAGCCAUUGGAUUCCCGGUGAUUAUUCUGCUGCUCAUUCCGCUGCCCUCAUUUGUGCUACCUUAUUGGUUCACAAAAGAAGAACUCGCUAUUCUUGACGGCCCCACGGCCAGUCCGUUUACCAUGGAAAGCGUUGGCGGGACUUAUGGUUACGACGAGGUUGAACUGUCAGCGCCUUCGGCUGCGGAUAAUCCAAAUAGGAGCUCGAGGAAGCCAGACUCAGAUGGAGGCGUUAUGAUCCGGAGAGACUCGUCUUCGGAAUCGCCUAUUGAGGACGACUUGGAAAGAGGAGAGGCCUAUGAAUUGCAGCCAGUGUCUUCAGUUCGGAGGAGAAGUACGACGAGCAGGGUGGAUUGA